AUGCUCGGCGGUUUAUCAUUUUCUGAAACCUUCGUAGAUUUUGUGACCAUUUCAAAUUACAGCUGCAAUUCUCCGUUCAAUCGCCGGUUUCCAGUACCGUGGAGGCCCAUUACCGUCGCCGACCCAAGGAGGAAAAAUCCGAACAGAAUUACGGCGAGAAGCUCUUCAAGCGAUGGGGGCGGAUCUUUUCUCGAUAAAGAUUUUGAAUUUAAGCCGUCGUUUGAUGAGUAUUUGAAGGCUAUGGAGUCUAUCAAGACGGACAGAGAUAGCAACAGUAGCUCUAAUGAUCAGAGUAGUAGUAAGAGUCCGAGGAAAAAGAAGGAUGCGAAGAAUUUUUCUCGAGAAGAAGGUAAGGUCAGUAGUGGUGAGGCGACUGUUGCUCGAGAGAAGCCGAGAAAGGAUGAAGCUAGCAAGAAAAGUGCGUUAGCUAAAGUGGGCUCCAGAAAUGUUGCUUUGCGCGUUGUGUCGGAAAAUGUCAGCAACAAGCAGGGUAGAAAUCUCAAGAAUUUUGCUGGAAAGAAGAGUGGUGGCACUGAGAGCGAGCUCUCGAAUUUCGAAAGAGAUGCAUUCAAGACAUUGAAGGAUGAUGAUGAUGAUGAUGCCAUGGAUGAGCCAAGAGCUGGACGGGUCGACAUGGAGGAGAGGAUUCAGAAGCUUGCCAAGUGUCUGAAUGGUGCAGACAUUGAUAUUCCCGCAUGGCAGUUCUCGAAAAUGAUGAUGAGUGCUCGAAUAAAAUUUUCGGAUCACUCUAUUUUGAGAGUUGUCCAGAUAUUGGGUAACUUGGGAAACUGGAAGCGGGUGCUCCAAGUCAUAGAGUGGAUUCGGGCUCGUGAGCGCUUCAAAUCUAACAGGAUAAGAUAUAUAUAUACAGCUGCACUGGAUGCUCUUGGAAAAGCAAGGAGACCAGUGGAGGCUCUUAAUCUCUUUUGCUCAAUGCAGGAGCAAAUGGCUUCGUAUCCCGAUAUUGUGGCCUAUCGUUGUAUUGCUGUCACUCUUGGACAAGCUGGUCACAUGAAGGAAUUGUUUGAUGUAAUUGAUACCAUGAGGUCUCCUCCCAAGAAGAAAUUUAAAUCAAACGUUAUCGAGAAGUGGGACCCACGAUUGGAGCCGGAUGCAGUUGUCUAUAAUGCUGUUCUUAAUGCGUGUGUUCGGCGUAAAAAAUGGGAAGGUGCUUUCUGGGUUUUGCAGCAGCUAAGCGAACAGGGUAAACAACCUUCAAGCACAACUUAUGGACUAGUUAUGGAGGUGAUGUUAGCAUGUGGCAAGUAUGACUUGGUUCAUGAUUUCUUCAAGAAGAUACAGAAAUCAUACAUACCAAAUGCAUUGAUAUAUAAAGUUGUCGUGAACACGUUUUGGCGGGAAGGAAAAAUUAACGAGGCAAUAAUGGCUGUUGAAGAAAUGGAGAGAAGAGGAAUAGUUGGUAAUGCCGGUCUAUAUUAUGACCUUGCCCGCUGCCUUUGUAGUGCAGGAAGAUGCCACGAGGCGUUAAGCCAGAUUGACAAGAUAUGCAAAGUUGCGAACAAACCCCUCGUCGUAACUUACACCGGCUUAAUCCAAGCGUGUUUAGAAGCCGGCGAAGUUAAAAACGGGGCAUAUAUCUUUGAUCACAUGCAGAAGUUCUGCUCGCCAAACUUAGUGACGUGCAAUAUAAUGCUAAAGGCUUUUCUUGAUCACAGAAUGUUUGAAGAAGCCAAACAGUUGUUCCUAAAGUUACUGGAAAACAGCAAAUUCAUCAGUCGCAAAGAAGAUUAUAAAGCUCGGGUUAUACCUGAUAUCUACACGUUCAACACGAUGUUAGAUGCGUGUGGUGAGGAGAAAAGGUGGGACGAUGUUGAGUUUGUUUAUACGCAAAUGCUGAAAUUCGGACAUCAUUUCAAUGCAAAACGCCAUCUUCAGUUGGUGUUGAAUGCUCGCCAUGCUGGAAAGGAAGCGCUGCUUGAGAUGACGUGGCAACACUUGGUCCAAACUGAACGGGCUCCACCUCCUCUCCUCGUCAGAGAAAUGUUUUGCUCGAAACUCGAGAAGGGCGACUCAGCAUCUGCCCUCUCCAUCACCAACUUUGCUUCGACCGAAUCACAAGUAUAUUCUAGAAAAACUUGGUCGAAAUUUCUUGCCGAAAAUGCCGACAGGCUUGAGGAGAGUACCCUUCGCGAGCUCGUGCAUAAAGGGCAACUUCGUUUGGCGGUAAGUGAAAAAAAAUCUGCACUUACGAAUCUAAUAGAUUCUUGUAAAGAAAUUUUAAGGAGCCGAAGAACGGUAACUGUUGUGCAAAAUCAAGAGCCUGUUGUUGUUUUCUGA